AUGUUGAGAAAAGCAUCCUCAGGCCCUGUGUUCCAUGACUCGGAGCUGAUGGCCACCAUGGCAAGGAAGGUGCGGGAUCUGGAGCGGCAGGUGAAGGCCCAGACUGAUGAGAUGCUGUCCAAGGAUCGGAAGAUACGGGCCCUGGAGGAACUGGUGGAGACCCUCCAGGAGCACAAGGGCCAGAUGUCCCAGCAGCGGCAGGAGGAGCUGGAGGCGAUGUGCACACAGCUGCAGCAGCAGAUCAGCGAGAUGGAGCGCUUCCUUGGUGACUAUGGUCUGCAGUGGGUGGGCGAGCCCAUGGACGAGGAGGACUCGGAGGACAUUACGGGUUCAGAGAAUGACAAGAGGGACUGGAUGACAGCCAAGAAGUUCUGGAAGCCAGGGGAUUCAUUGGUGCCCCCUGAGGUGGACUUUGACAGACUGCUGGCCAGCCUGAAGGAUCUCAGUGAGCUGGUAGAUAGUGACACCCAGGUGAUGCCGAUACCUGGCGGAGCAAAGCUCCAUGUCCUCGAGCCCAUCCCACUGAAGGUGUACCGGAAUGGUAUCAUGAUGUUUGAUGGGCCCUUCCGACCUUUUCAUGAUCCCUCCACACAGCACUGCCUCCGAGACAUAAUGGAUGGCUUCUUCCCCUCAGAACUCCAGCGCCUAUACCCCGAUGGGGUCCCCUUUAAGGUGAGUGACCUGCGCAAUCAGGUUUACCCAGAGAGUGGGCUGGACCCAUUCCCAGGCGAGGGCCGAGUGGUGGGCUGGCAGAGGAUUCGAAAGCCCUCAGUCACGAUGGAGCACCCAGGUUCUAGGAUGACCCCUGAGAAGUUUCUGAACAGGCUCCCCAAAUUUGUGAUUCGUCAAGGCGAGGUGAUUGACAUCCGGGGCCCCAUCCGGAACACCUUGCAGAACUGUUGCCCAUGGCCUGUCCCGAUCCAGGAGAUUGUGGUGGAGACGCCUGCCUUGGCUGCUGAGCGUGAGAGGAACCAAGAGUCUCCUGAGUCACCUGCACCCCCGCUCUCCAUGCUGCGCAUCAAGUCUGAGAAUGGUGAGCAGGCCUUUCUGCUGAUGAUGCGGCCUGAGGAUACUGUUGGUGAUGUGCGAGCCCUGCUCGCACAAGCCAGGGCUGUGGACGCAAACACCUUCGAGAUCUUCAGUACAUUCCCGCCCACAGUCUACCAUGAGGACUCACUCACGCUGCAGGCUGCUGGACUGGUGCCCAAUGCAGCUCUGCUACUGCGGGCAAGCCGGGCUCUGCCACCUGCCCCCUGA